CCGUUCAGCCCCCGGACUCUCUGGACCACGCACUGACUAUAGCGUUACCACGCCGUUUAGCAGCAGCUGAUCACGUGCGAUCUGGCUGCUGAUUGGUCGCCGCCUUACACACCUUUACAGCUGAUUGGCAGAGGCUUUCCCCGCCCGGGUCUACGUUCUAUGAGCUGCAGCACUAUCUGAAUGGAGCAGCUGUGUAUAGGGAGAAGUGCAUAGCAGCAGAGCCACACUGCCCAUCACCUACCGAGCCAGAUGGAUAAAAUGGAAGUCCUUAGACAUCAUCCCUACGGUGGCGCCCCCUGGAAGUCCGCUCCGGGGAAAGGAGACUUUGAAGCGGUGGAAGCGCUUAUGUACAUGAGCAACCGCUGGAAGCUGGAGUCCAAAUGUUAUAGCGAUUUGAGACCAAUUACCCCAGCGUCUGACCUCUCGGAGAGCGAAGAUAGCUUGAUGACAGCCGAAUUCAGCAGUGCCACCAUGCCAGCCUUUUGCCUGACCCCACCAUAUAGCCCUUCUGAAUUCGAAAUGUCCCAUUCCCCUGGCAUCCACACCGUGUGCCCAGUACCAGCUACUGAGAAAAACAGGUCUGCAUCUGGCAUGAGCCAUAGUAAUUCAGGCCCAACCCAACCAAAAGCCCAGGUGACCAGCGUCAUCCGCCAUACCGCCGAUGCCCAACUCUACGAUCAGCAUCAUCCGGUUUUGCCAAAGAAUUGCGAACGUCCUAUUGCAAACAGCAACGCUCAGCUGAGGACUUCCCCUGGCAUGGCGGUGCCAACGUGUGAGAAUAAUAGGCACGAGCAGAUCAAGACUGAAACUCAGACAGCGCCCGUUGUCCUGCCGGCACAUAAUAAUCCUCCGACCGCUCUCCAGAAUUGCAUUGGGAAAGCCAAUUCUGAUGCCAGCCAUGUUCCAAUGCAAAUCCCGUCCCUGCCACUGCUCGUUUCCACACCGUUACAUGCAAGUGCCAUGUCCCAGGUGCCAGUCUUAUGUCAGAUGGUUCCCUUCUCUUCUAACAAUUCCAUGGUGACGAGAGUAGUCACAAACACUCCUGCCCAGCCCCCAGCCGUCAUGCAGCCUCUGUUUUACAUGGGAGCCCAAGUGCCAAAAGGGACAGUCAUGUUUGUCAUGCCCCAACCUGUGGUGCAAAGCACAAAGACUGUUGUGUCCAGUGGUCAUCGCCUGUCACCCAUUGCACCAGCACCCAGCGUUGCACCUUCAGAAGGAAAGGUCUCAUCGCACCUAGAUUCCUCCCGAAUUAGAAGUCAUAUCUGCAGCCAGCCCGGGUGUGGCAAGACAUACUUCAAGAGCUCACAUUUGAAGGCGCAUAUGAGAACGCAUACAGGAGAAAAACCCUUCAGCUGUAGCUGGGAAGGUUGUGAAAGGAAGUUUGCUCGCUCUGAUGAACUGUCUCGGCACCGGCGGACACACACAGGGGAGAAGAAGUUUGUAUGUCCAAAGUGUGACCGUCGAUUCAUGCGCAGCGAUCACCUGACCAAGCACGCACGGCGCCACCUAUCGACAAAAAAGCUCCCCACUUGGCAGAUGGAAGUGAGCAGGAUAAGCGACAUCGUCAUGCCGCAGGCCUCGGCUCCUGUCCAGUGAAGGCACCUACAGGCCUUACAACUCUCAGGAUAAAGUGGCCAUGGUCCCAAACCAUGAUGAAAGAUCACGUCCGCUCCAUUAUGGAUGCGACUCUGGUUCGAUCUUUCUCAGAAGGAAAUGUGGUCCGUGAAGGAACGGUAGCGAAUACAGACAGACUUUGACGAAGACUCGGGUUCCUAUAUUUGUCAUUUUUUUUGUUCUACUGCAUUGUUGAAAUAUGUCAAAUGCAGACAGUUUUGUGUAGAGCUAUCAAGUACACAAUGUGACCAGGGUGAUCUGGGGCGUGAAUAUUUUCACCGCUUACAAUAUUUUGCCGGGUAGUUAAGAUUACCAGGGAUGAGUGGCGUGACCUUGACUAUAACACACUGGUUUGUCAUCUCCUGACAUAACGUGGGGCUACGUAGGCCCCAUAGUGAAGAGAAACCAGUACCUGAUUUACUAACACUUCUAGUUAACUAUAAAAGCUAGUCAAUACUUUGACCAGCUGAGUUUUAUAUCGCUAACCAGAUAAUGCUUUCAUAGCUCAAUAGAGACAGUAAUGGUGACAACACAAAUUAUAUUUUUUAACGUGUUAAUGUUAGGGCUCAUUCAGACAGCUGUAUGCUGCCCGCAAAAAAAAAACCAGAUCCGUAUUUUAUCGGAUAGCAUACGGCCGUCUGAAUGAGCCCUUACACUCAGGAAUAAUAACGUAUUUUAUGCGAUCUUCAGUUUACCAAAAAAAAAAAGAUGCAGGAUAUUCAGUUUAAAGGAGAGCUCCAUAUUUUUUUUUUUGUCUGCAGUGCAGGAAAAGUGUCCGCCAGUCACCUUACCUUCACCCAGCUCCAUGGGUAUAUUGAUGCCAUUCUCUUUGGCAACCUAUGCACUUUGUUACUGGAUUAGUUUUUUGACUUUUCUAAUAUAAGACAUACAGAUCAGAUUUGGAUCUGUCCGCAGUUAUUUUGAAGAAUAGUGUUUGCUCAAAGGGGUUGUCCAGAAUCAGAUUUUUUUUGAUAACAUUUUUUUUUGUUACCCAGAAAAGGUACCACUCUUGCCCAUGGGCUUUGUCAGGUGUUGCGGCUUAGCCCUAUCCUAUAAGGGAAAGAGGCUGCGCCGCAAUAUUAGGCACAGACAAGUGGCGCCGUUUCUGAAGAAAAAAGGCAGACCCCUUAUUCCAAUCUUGGACACCCCUAUAGAAAAAAAAAGAACAAAUACGUGCAAUACAGUGGGAAACAAAAAUAACAUUUUUUCAACAAAAGCGCACUGUAAAGGAUGUGAGUUCAUCCCUUUCUUGUUUUUCACCUCUGUUUCUAUAGAACAAGGAUGCUCAACCAUGCGGGCCUUCAGCUGUUGCAAAACUACAACUCCCAACAUGCCCUAAUAGCUGUAAUCUGUCGAUGCAUGCUGGGAGUUGUAGUUUUGCAACAGCUGGAGGGCCGCAGGUUGGGCAUCUCUGCUAUAGAACAAUGUACAAUGGCUUGUAUGAAUCUGUUCUCUUGUCUUUUAAUGACAGGGCAAACAGAUUACUAUAACAGCCAAGGAGACCCUGCCAGGCGCCAGCCAGACAAUAAAACCUAUAGACGUCAACAGAAAACAGGCCAGCUGUUAAAGUUCACUUUAGGUGGCCCGACUGAGCAGACAGUUUUUGGGAAGAAGGUAUUGCACAUCAGUGGAGGAGAUUGCUGCAUUUACAGUAUGAGGAGGAGUGAUCACUAAAUGCCAUCGCUCGUCUCCAUACAGAAUCAUUGUUUGCCGGCAACGAACACUGUUUACACGCCACGAUCUGCUGCCGGCAAACAGUGUUUUAGUUGUCGGCACGAACAAUCCUAUUACCCGAUAAAUGAGGGAAACACUUAUUUAUCCAGGAAUUGGCGUCACCUUUAGGCCCAAUGUUCGGGCAGAUUACUGCUAAUGAGCGCUCGUUAGUGAUAAUC